AGGACAGGAAAGAACCACAUCGGCGACGGUUCUUGAGAUCUGCCAGGUUAAAUUUUCAUGGUGCCCCCGCACCGCUCUCUCAGUUUGAAGGCUGAUGAACGCCGCCCGAGUUGCGCCAUUUUGAAAGUGUAAUGCUGGGAGAGGCAGAGGCGAGGGAAAUCUCAAAGUAGAGUGCAAAGUCUAAAAGCUAGUACUGAGGAUUGAAGUUUACUUUCUCUGGCUGAAAACUGUUUCAUACUGUCAAUAUCAACCGGGCCCAGGACUUGUGCGGUCUUCGGACUCAACAGCAGCAGUCUCCGCUUCAUUCCUCCACUGCUCCUUGGUCAGAACCACCCAGCCGACCCGGGUCAGCACUGCUCCAGCCCAGGGCCCGAGCCCGCUGCAGAGAUAUACUCUGUUUGAGUCGCUCACCAUGGCAGGGGCCGGUGGUGGGAACAGUGAUGUGCAGUGGUGCUUCUCCCAGGUCAAAGGAGCGAUAGAUGAUGAUGUCGCAGAAGCUGACAUCAUAUCUACGGUUGAAUUCAACCACUCUGGGGAGCUACUAGCCACCGGGGACAAGGGGGGUCGUGUUGUCAUCUUUCAGCAGGAGCCAGAGAGUAAGAAUCAGCCACAGUGCCGAGGAGAGUACAAUGUUUACAGCACCUUCCAGAGCCACGAGCCUGAGUUUGACUACCUGAAAAGCCUUGAGAUCGAGGAGAAGAUCAACAAGAUUCGAUGGUUGCCUCAGAAAAAUGCAGCACAGUUCCUUUUGUCUACAAAUGACAAAACCAUAAAGCUGUGGAAAAUUAGUGAGCGCGACAAGAGACCAGAGGGCUACAAUUUGAAGGAAGAAGAUGGACGAUACAGAGAUCCUAAUACUGUCACGACACUACGGGUACCAGUUUUCAGGCCCAUGGACUUGAUGGUGGAAGCCAGCCCUAGGCGAGUGUUUGCAAAUGCUCACACCUACCACAUCAACUCCAUCUCAGUCAACAGUGACUGUGAGACCUACCUGUCUGCAGAUGACCUGCGCAUUAACCUCUGGCAUCUGGAGAUCACUGAUCGCAGCUUUAAUAUUGUUGACAUUAAGCCAGCCAAUAUGGAGGAGUUGACGGAGGUGAUCACAGCAGCGGAGUUUCACCCCAACCAAUGCAACACUUUUGUCUACAGCAGCAGCAAGGGCAGCAUCCGCAUGUGUGACAUGAGGGCAUCAGCACUGUGCGACAAGCACGCCAAAAUGUUUGAAGAGCCAGAGGAUCCAAACAAUCGUUCUUUCUUUUCUGAAAUCAUCUCAUCCAUCUCUGAUGUGAAGUUCAGCCACAGUGGACGCUACAUGAUGACCCGCGACUACCUGUCCGUCAAAAUCUGGGAUCUCAACAUGGAGACCCGACCAGUAGAGACAUAUCAGGUGCAUGAAUAUCUCAGGAGUAAGUUGUGUUCACUUUAUGAGAAUGAUUGCAUCUUCGACAAGUUUGAGUGCUGUUGGAAUGGGAACGACAGUGUUGUGAUGACUGGUUCCUACAACAACUUCUUCAGGAUGUUUGACAGAGGCUACCGGCAGGACGUAACCCUAGAGGCAUCGCGGGAGAACAGCAAACCACGAUCGGUCCUAAAACCUCGCAAAGUAAGCACAGGUGGGAAGCGCAAGAAGGACGAGAUCAGUGUAGACAGUCUUGACUUUAACAAGAAGAUCCUCCACACUGCCUGGCAUCCUCUGGACAACAUCAUCGCUGUGGCCACCACCAACAAUCUGUACAUAUUCCAGGAAAAACUCAACUAGCAUUUGUUGAACCCAGAUCCCAGUUUUCUGCUUGAGCCCCACUGCUCUGAUACACACAUAACAAACAAUAUUUGUCUGUCUUUGGCUAAACCCCCGAGUCUUGAUAUGAUCUGCUCUUGGUGAAUUAAGUAUUGAAUGUGACAAGACUUACUCUGUCAACAACAAACGGCAUCAUUAACACAGUACAUCCAAGCAGGCCAUCACAAACACAUUUUCCAUGUGUACAACAACUGUAGACAUGCAGGGUUUGUAGAUCUGAGACCAGACUUUAUGACUUAGUGUCAUUGGUUUCCUCCAUUAGAAUCACUCCAUUCACCAAGUUACUGUUUGCAACUCCACUACAUCCCAAACCAAAGGGAAAAUGAGUUAAAUGCACAUAUUUGGCUAUUUCAUUUUCUUUAUUCUUUUGUGCCAUCGUGACAUGUAUGUCAUAGCUACCAAUUGUUGAUCAUUUUUUGUAGCUGCCAUGUUUUAUUAGUAUAAAUAGGAAAUUCUUAAUACGGUUUAUACGUGUUUCCGUCACCAUGUUCCUUUUCAUACUGGCCUGAAACACUGCUAAUACAAGCUGUCAACACUCCAUAUUUGCCCCAAGUAUUUGUCAAGUUGCCAAGUUCACUCACCAUUUCUUUCCAGAUAUACAGUAUGGUUAUGCUGUUAAAGGACUAUUCUAGUGUUUUAUUAUGUUUUAGCUCAUUCUCUACAAAUAGUGUAUAACUUACAUUACUGCUAACCUUUUUCCACAGUCUACAGUAAGAAAGUCAGCAUUCUUGAACCUGACUUGAGUUGUAUUCCAUCACAGUGAGCUUCUUGCUGUCUUUAAGUAAAAUUAAUUAUGUUUUAACACAGUCGCAAGUAAGAAAACUCAGUGUGUGUUCGAGCAUACUGAAACAUCUGAUAAUAAAUGUAAGUCGUCUAAAAUCAGCCUUUUUAAUGCAGGAUAUAAUGAAAUUUGCAAGAACAUUCAUGUUUCUAAACAUCUGUCCUCUGGAUUAGAGCUUCUGACACAAUAGCAGCUUGUAAUGUGCUCGAGCGUCCUGAACAUAUCGGAAUCAGGUUUUCAAAACAAUCCCUGGUUCUCAGAUGCAUUACUAAAAACUUGCCUAAAAUGUUCAUUGGGAUGGAUUACUUAUCUCAAGCUCAAGCCUGUAAGUUGAUUUUCAUAGUGCACUGAAAUGGCUACAUUUAGGAAAAUUGUCGGCAGUGAUGUGUAAUUGAUUUCUAGUUAAUGGGCUAAAACAUAAAAGAAAACAAAAUCGUCCUUUAACAUGGACACAAGAAUGACUUGCGCACACUUCUGUCAGGUAUUGUGGUUUUGGGAGUUAAGUGGGGGCCAAUUAUGCCAAAGUAACCAGUCCUAUACACUCUAAAGAUAGAUUAAUUUAAAGCUGUCUUGCAGACAAGGUGUCACCGGUCAGACCGGGCACCCGUGCACAUGUGUGGACCACCAUAUAAAGCUCAGGACAAAAGCUUAUAUACGUGGAAGGGCACGAUGGCGUGCUGUGGCCUAAUUCUCUUGCGGUUUGUGGCACCAACAUUGAGUGCUGCUGUCAGCUUCCCCACAAAGCGCAUUGUGUUGUUCUAGAUUGAUUAAUCGCUUUACCCUCUGGAUCUUGUUUCUGUUUGUAGAUUUUUUUUGUUUUUUGUUUUUUUAAUGAUGUUUUGUACCGUACCUGAUAAGAGAAGAAUAAUCACUAUAGCUGAUUUAUUUUUGUAUAAAUUAAGGCAAUAGGAUUACAGUCUGAUCACUGUAGUUUCUUUAGCUGUCUAUCUCAGACUGAUUGUAGAUUGAAGGUCGCUUGAAGGUCAGGUAACCUUUUUGUAAUAUGACUAUUUUGUUCAUUCUGGUAAGAAUUUGUUUGAAAGCUAGAGACUUUUUGUGACAUCAAGGAAGUGUGUCGUUUCUGACGUGGGAUGUCCAAAGAAAAGUAUUUUCAGGUGUCAGUACCUCUGUAGUCAUAAGCACUAUAACAGUUUAUUUUUUUAAUUUGGCUUACUGUAACUGAUGUUUAUGUAGAACUUAUUUGGACACUUCAGAGUUAGAUUCUGAGCUAAUUUGGAUCUUAAUGUUCUGUUUCUGUGCCAUGGUUUGUUUAUGAAUCAUUGAGCUCCUGUGAAAGAAUAGGUCCUUGAAGGCCUAAAUGGGAAAGGCAUUUUAAUCAACAUGUGAUGUUAAAACUGUAAAAUCAAGUUCUCUCUAAAGUUAGUCAAGUCAAUUGACUAGGCAGAGUUACUGAUUUUGAAUUAUUGUAUGAAAUGUCUUCUCUCUCCUGUGAUGCAGGGGUAGCUCUCCUAUACACACUUGUUUAUCUGAAAAGGAGAAUUUGUGAAGCACUUGGUUUGAAGAUGAUUGUUGUAUGGAAGCCGUCAUUAAUGACUGUACUGAACAUGGAAAACGUUUAACUCUGCUGUUUCUCUGCUACACUAUGCUUUGGUCCCAUGUUGCCACUUCUCUUUGGAGAAAACUGGUUGAUUAUAGCUCAGUUUCCACUAUAUUACAAUUGUUCUGGUGACAGAUUAAGCCAUUGAAUCGGGGCAUGAAGCCUGUUGGUUCAUUGAACCACAUUUUAUGUGUGACUGCUACCAUAGAGAACUGAUUUCCAAAUCACUAGGAUGCCACAAAAAUAAUUACCAUCUCCUCCAUUUGUGGUGUUGAGUCUCUCGCUCUCUCACUCUCUCUCUUUCUCAGGGCUCUGGGUGAUGUCCUCUACUAUUAAGACACUUUGUUAAUCUGUUUUUUUUUUUGUUUUUUUUUCGCACCCUUUUUGAAAAACAACUUUUCUUAUUGUCUAAUGCAAGAUUGUGUGAGGGUUGUUCAAGUUCUUUGCCUCAAGUCACAUAUGUAUAAAGUCCCACUCCACAGUCAAGGAGGAUUCAGUCAGUUAGCCACUGAGUUAGCAACCCAUAUAGAAGGAGAGUUGUCCAUUCAAAAUAUGAGAUCAGUGAUCAGCUUUGACCUGUCAUUCAUUCAAAGAAACAUUUACUCACUCAUUCACUGUCAAGUAUUAACUGUUCUAACAACCUGUUGGAAGUUGUGAAGAAUUUUUGAAAAUGCAAAAAUCUACAUAGAAAUAAUACCCAAUCAGAAUUGGCAAGUUUUCUUUUUGGAAAAAUGUUGACUUUGGCUUUUACAAAAUCCCAUGUUUGCAGACACAGUAGAGACGGUCACCACAGACUGCGUGUCACCGAUAUUCAUAAAAUCAAUAAACUAACCAAUAAUAUUUUUCACUUUCCCCAUAUGUCUCCAUAGCUAUUGCUCAAGGCUAUGGUGUAAACCACAAAGACGUUCAGAAGAACCCUCUUGCCUUUCUCAAAGCAUUAAGAAGAAAUAAGAUAAUCAAGUAUGUUUCUUGAACUUUCUGGUAUGCCAGACAGGAGACUGCUCAGGGGAAUUUACUGCUGCUCUGUGAUCAAAACCUUGUACCUUCAAGAAGGCAGCUUCUCAGGAAAAUCUGCCUUACUGACAGGUAGAUCAUAGAUUUUUUUUUUUUUUUUUUUUUUUUUUUUUUUUUUACAUUCAUGUUUCUAUAAUGGCUUUUGACAUGAACCUUGGGUCAACUAAACUUGCUCUACAUACAGUUUAAACGAUCAUGAAAUCUCAAGGAAACUGUCUAAUUUGGAGUUAUGAGGUUUUUCCACUUGCAGCAGCAUUAUAUACAUGUCUAAUGUAUCACAGGAGUUAAAAACAAAAUGCACUUUUAUUUUUGUGAAUUUCAUUAAUUUGUAUGUUUUUGUUUAUUUCUUUCAAGGGGCUCUUGAAUAAAGAUUGUAGGAGAGUUUUGGUGAUCUGUUUAAAUGGUUCAUUGUACAGCUAUGUUUGUCUUUGUCAAAUGGAAUAAAGUACAAUUUAGAUGAAAAGUAAUAAAGAAUUUCAAACCUGAA